AUGGGGAAGAUGUCCAUUGAGCACAGACUUGAAGGAGAGAAAGUGAAUCACUGUCAAGAGCAAGACAAGAGACCCCUCCACAGCCCCUUCCCACCCCUCCCACUGACCCAUGGACCAGAAAUCUGGAUCUUGCAAUGGGAAGGGGCUUGCAGGUAGGGGAUAGCUCUGCACUGUCCCUUUGGUUGAUUCAGGCCUCUCAGAAGGAGUCAUCCUCUCAGCCAGGUACCUGACCAGGUGCAUGAGAAGGCUCCUGCUAUGCAGUUGCCACAGAGACAGACAGAUMAAAGCAGGAGCGGACCAACAUCUGUGGCAACCAUGGCAAGGAAGGGGUACAAACCGAAUGAAUAA